AUGGAAUCGAAGAAAAAAAUAUUACUAUGCUGUACCGGUAGCGUUGCUACCAUCAAAGCCAUCAAUAUUAUUCAACUGCUGCAUUCCAUCGGAGAUAAUAUAGAAAUCAAGGUGGUAUUCACCAAAUACGCUACUCAUUUUUGCGAUCCUAAAACCAUUCUCGAAGCCGGAGCUGAAGUCUAUAAAGACGAAGACGAAUGGUCAGCUUGGCAGCAACGAGGUGAUCCUGUCGUACAUAUCGAACUGGGAAAAUGGGCAGAUAUUCUUUUAAUAGCUCCUUUAGAUGCUAAUACGUUAGCUAAAAUGGCACAUGGUCUCUGUGAUAAUUUACUGACAUCUACGGUACGAGCUUGGGAUCUCAGCAAACCCUUACUGUUUUGUCCUGCCAUGAAUACCAGAAUGUGGGAUCACCCUUUAACAGCAUCACAAAUAACGCAAUUGAAAUCUUGGGGCUAUAUCGAGAUUCCAUGUAUUGCCAAAACUCUCAUGUGUAAAGAUGUAGGAAUGGGUGCGAUGGCUGAACCUGAAACUAUAGUCGAAACUGUAAAAAAAUACCUAUUUUAAUGGUGUUGAUGGUUAUUGUAUUUUUCCUCGUUAUUUUAGUAUGAAAUAUAGUUCGUUCUUUUCUAUUUACAUAAAA